AUGCGUUUCGAAUUCCCCGACGAGGAUAUCAUGUUGAUUAGGGAUUGCAACAUCCCCGGUCCCGAGGAAGGACCCGAGCCUGGAUCCCGAUGGACCAUGGUUUUUGAUGGAGCUUCUAACGCUCAUGGCAAUGGCAUUGGAGCAGUAAUCACUUCUCCAACUAAUUUCCACCUCCACUUCACCGCCCGAUUAUGUUUUGAAUGUACAAAUAAUAUGGCCGAAUACGAGGCUUGUAUAUUUGGUAUUGAAGCUGUUAUCGAUCUUAGAAUCAAAAUCCUGGAAGUAUAUGGGGACUCAGCCUUGGUAAUCAGCCAAGUCAAAGGAGAUUGGGAUACUAGAGACCAUAAGCUCAUUCCUUACAAAGAGCAUGUCUUGAAACUAGUCCCCUAUUUUGAUGAAAUUACAUUCCACUACAUCCCUCAAGAAGAGAAUCAGCUAGCUGACGCUUUGGUGACUUUGGCAUCCAUGUUUAAAGUUAAAUGGAAGAACGAAGCGCUAUCCUUUCACCUGAACUCCUUGGACGAACCUGCUUACUAUCUAGCAGCAGAAGACGAAGCUGACAGUCAUCCUUGGUUCCAUGACAUCAUGAAAUUCUUAGAGAACCAAGAGUAUCUUGCGGACGCGUCUAUCACCGACAAGAAGUAUCUUUGA